AUGGGGGCCCAUGCCAUUGUGACUGACGCCAACAUCUCGUCCAGCCUUGAGAACAACACCACAGGCAUCACGGCCUUCUCCAUGCCCGGCUGGCAGCUGGCACUGUGGGCCACCGCCUACCUGGUCCUGGUGUUGGUGGCCGUGACGGGCAAUGCCACGGUCAUCUGGAUCAUCCUGGCCCAUCAAAGAAUGCGCACAGUCACCAAUUACUUCAUCGUCAACCUGGCCCUGGCUGACCUCUGCAUGGCCGCCUUCAACGCUGCCUUCAAUUUCGUCUACGCCAGCCACAACAUCUGGUACUUUGGCCGUGCCUUCUGUCAUUUCCAGAACCUCUUCCCCAUCACAGCCAUGUUCGUCAGCAUCUACUCCAUGACCGCCAUCGCCGCUGACAGGUACGUGGCCAUCGUCCACCCCUUCCAGCCCCGGCUCUCUGCCCCAGGCACCAGAGCGGUGAUUGCUGGCAUCUGGCUGCUGGCCCUGGCCCUCGCCUUCCCCCAGUGCUUCUACUCCACCAUCACCAUGGACCAGGGCGCCACCAAGUGUGUGGUGGUGUGGCCUGAGGACAACGGCAGCAAGAUGCUCCUUUUGUACCACCUGGUGGUGAUCGCCCUCAUCUACGUGCUGCCUCUCUUGGUGAUGCUCCUCGCCUACAGUGUCAUCGGCCUCACUCUCUGGAGACGCGAGGUUCCCAGGCACCAGGUGCACGGCGCCAGCCUGCGCCACCUGCGAGCCAAGAAGAAGUUUGUGAAGACCAUGGUGCUGGUGGUGGUGACAUUUGCCAUCUGCUGGCUGCCCUACCACUUCUACUUCAUCCUGGGCAGCUUCCAGGAGGACAUCUACUACCACAAGUUCAUCCAGCAGGUGUACUUGGCGCUCUUCUGGCUGGCCAUGAGCUCCACAAUGUACAAUCCCAUCAUCUACUGCUGCCUCAACCACAGGUUUCGCUCUGGAUUCCGGCUUGCUUUCCGUUGCUGCCCGUGGGUCACGCCAACUGAGGAGGAUAAGAUUGAGCUGACUCACACUCCAUCCCUCUCUGCGAGGAUCAACAGGUGCCACACUAAAGAGACUUUCUUCAUGGCUGGGGAGACUGCCCUUUCUCCGGCUACCAAUGGGCAGGCCAAGGGUCCCCAAGAUGGGUUACCUGAUGAACCCUGA